UAAGGAACGGGCAGAAAGUUUUUAAAUUUCUAAUUGAAGGAUAACAAUGUGGUGCAGUAUUUUUUUUGUCAUGGUAUUUAGGAUUCUUUAUUUGAUUUGGAAAAUUCGAAGGUUUAAUUCCAUCCCUUAAAGUUCUUUUGAUUACAUACCGUACAACAACUGUAAACUUGCCGCCCAGUGUUAGCAGUGCAUCGUUUUGGGUGCUAAGAACGAUUAAAACGGUUCUUGUAAUGCAGUGUGGCUGCUAGAAGUUCGUUGUUUAAGUGGUAAAUGAGACGAGGUGAAGUGCUGCGAGAAAGGUUCAACAAAUUAUUGAGGUUCCAGAGGAAGGCAAGUUUUUGUGUGUUUUUUUUUUGUUUGUUUUUGAGCAUCAGGGGAGUGUUCCUGACAUUUUGAGGUCUGAAGGAUGGGUAGGACUUCGUUGGGCAGUGGUGGAGGUGGGGAAAGGGCAUUUCAAGGUUGAACGUUCUUUGGAAAACAAUAAGCAUUUACAUUUUGGCUGGAAUAGGUGGUGUAGGUAGGGGAGAGGUGGGAAUUCUGGCCAGAAAAGGUGGAUGGUGGAAGAGCUUGUUUGCCAGGUUGAAAGUCUUAUACUCGAUGGGGGAGGCUGGGGAGCCCUCAAUUAGCAAGGUUAGGACCCACCUGAGCUGGACGUUAUAUUUACUUAGUAGUUCCAUUAGACUGGGAAAAGUUUCAAAGUUGAAAAAUAAUGAGAGUAGUAAGCUCAUUAGUGUUUUCACUACUGGAAUGAUGAUGAAGAAUGUUCAGAAGUUAAUUUUGCUACUCUUUCGAUGAUCCAUAUAUGCUAGGUAGAUAACUGCUCCUUUUUUCUAUUCUAACUUAUUCCAAAUAACCUUUUGUUCAGUUACUAUAAUUUCUCUAGUAAACAAAUAGGGAGGGGUUUCUAACUUUUCAUUCACCAGGUGAAAAAUAGGGCUAGCGCCAUGGAUUACUUUACAAAAAUGAGGAAUGAACCUGUAAGUUUUCUUCAUGGUAAUUUUUUAGGAAGUCACGUUUGAGAAGUAGGUUAGAAGAGCCGGUUACUAAAAAGGCAGCAGCCUUCACAUGGUCCUUUGCAACCUCUGUUCUUACCCCUCUUGAGAGUAACCAACUUUUUGUUUGAGAAAAUACCUAAGGAUGUUUGCUAAGCAAAGCCUCCUCAUGUUCUGAUUAAUCUCUCUCUGUUAUAGAUCUGCCUGUGGGGAAUGUGUAUCCUAUCAUUUUAUGAUAUAAAACAUAAGUAUUCACAGUCCAUUCCUAGACUGUGACAGGUCAGAGCAUUUACUCUCCAGGAGAGGACAGGAGGGAACUGGGGAUUCUCAUGGCUGUCAUAAAGGGCCACGGUUAAGAGACGUUUAAGAAACAGUGCAUUGUUAGGAGGCCCAUUGCAACCACAUUGCUAAGGCAGAGUGGGUUGUCGAGGUGGUAUGAAUAAAUGUACGCUUAGAAGAACCAGUUGCUUUCCAUCUUGACAGCUGGGGAAGACAUAAGAAAACUCAAAAGAGAAUUGUAUUGCACACACGGUGUAGCAUUAGUAGAUGUUUUAGCACGGUAAGAGUGGAUAUUCAAGAUAAAGAUUGUUAAACUCAAGUUGUAUAACAAAGAAGACAGGGAAGUGCAUAGUUUAGAAGGAUUUCUACCCCAAACAGUUAUGUAUAAAAUGUUCUUUGCGUGACAGGAUGGACUUUGAUCUGGAAAACUGACGGAAGGAAAGGAAACCUUAUUUCCCUGUCAUCUUGGGUAAAUGAGGUGUUAGUUUUUAAGUUAUACAGAUGUUUCAGAUAGCUGCAAGUUUCCUUUUUAAAAAACAUGUUCACAGUACAUCAAAACAGUUUUUUCCACAUUGCUUUUUGUAAAUGCUUUCUUUCUAACCCGUCUGUAUUUGUAUUGUGACUGAUGGCCUUGAUUUUAUUAUCUGUGUUUGUGUGCACUGGAGAUUCCAGACCUUUUUACUCUGAAACUCCUAAACCCGUCCUUGAAACCCUCAGCUGUAGCAGAGAUUACCUAUCUAAUCUUUUACUUAAGUCAGAAGCAUAGAUGAUCAUCUGAUCUAAGCAUUUGCAUUUUCUUCCUUCCACGUCAUGCUCUUCUCUGCCUCUACCUCGGCUUUCCUCCCUCCUGUUUUUCGCUGCAGGAAGAAUUGGCCUUCUUCAGGCCCAGCUGCUUCUGCUUGUGUACCCCACCCGUCCCAAAGGACAGAGCUCAGUCAGUGAAUCUGCCGAUUGCAUCAUUGCCCUCUGUCUCCGCUGGUGCCUGUCCCUCCCCUUAUCAACAUUCUUAGGUUUGCACAUCGUGUGGGAAACCUCACCUGUCUUUUUUCUUUCUCCAAUACUUUUAUUUCUUUUCAUCCUACUUAUUCCUAAAUUGAGUAAACUGUUCCACAGCAUGUUACUGGGUGUGUCAUAUAAAAAUAUUCUGUUUCAGAAACUCUGUGCCUUCUCUGUCUUCUAUCAUGAGAUUUCCCUCAGGGCCAGUCCUUCAUCCUCUUUUCUCAAAUCUUCUCCCCUGGUUUCUGUGUUUCAUACCAUGCCCAUCCUCUCUUUUAGUUUCUCCUCUAGCAUUUUCAGCUGCCUACUGACCAACUUCACCCAGGUGUCCGAUUGUCUCAACGUGGCUGAAAGCAAAUUUGUCUGACACAUAGAGCUGUGACUGAUGAAAAUUAAAGGCCAUGGAUGAAGAUGGACUUGAAUUACAACCACAACAAUCAAACUCAUUUUUUGGUGCAACAGGAGCUGAUACUGCACACAUGGAUGGUGAUCAAAUUGUUGUGGAAGUACAAGAAACCGUUUUUGUUUCAGAUGUUGUGGAUUCAGACAUAACUGUGCAUAACUUUGUCCCUGAUGACCCAGACUCAGUUGUAAUCCAAGAUGUCAUCGAGGAUGUUGUUAUAGAAGAUGUUCAGUGCCCAGAUAUCAUGGAAGAAGCAGAUGUCUCUGAGACAGUCAUCAUUCCUGAGCAAGUGCUGGACUCAGAUGUAACUGAAGAAGUUUCUUUAGAACAUUGCACAGUCCCAGAUGAUGUUUUAGCUUCCGAUAUUACUUCCGCCUCAAUGUCUAUACCAGAACACGUCUUGACAAGUGACUCUAUACAUGUGUCUGAUGUUGGACAUGUUGAGCAUGUGGUUCAUGACAGUGUAGUUGAGGCAGAAAUCGUCACUGAUCCUCUGACAACUGAUGUAGUUUCAGAAGAAGUAUUGGUAGCAGAUUGUGCCUCUGAAGCAGUCAUAGAUGCCAAUGGGAUUCCUGUGGACCAGCAAGAUGAUGACAAGAGCAACUGUGAGGACUACCUUAUGAUUUCCUUGGAUGAUGCUGGCAAAAUAGAACAGGAUGGUUCCUCUGGAAUGACCUUGGACGCAGAGUCAGAAAUUGAUCCUUGUAAAGUGGAUGGCACUUGCCCUGAAGUCAUCAAGGUGUACAUUUUUAAAGCUGACCCUGGAGAGGAUGACUUAGGUGGCACUGUAGACAUUGUGGAGAGUGAGCCCGAGAAUGAUCAUGGAGUGGAACUACUUGAUCAGAAUAGCGGUAUUCGUGUGCCAAGGGAAAAGAUGGUUUAUAUGACUGUCAAUGACUCUCAACAAGAAGAUGAAGAUUUAAAUGUUGCUGAAAUUGCUGACGAAGUUUAUAUGGAAGUGAUUGUAGGAGAAGAGGAUGCUGCAGCAGCAGCAGCAGCAGCUGCCGCACACGAACAGCAAAUCGAAGACAGUGAAAUCAAAACCUUCAUGCCAAUAGCAUGGGCAGCAGCUUACGGUAAUAAUUCUGAUGGAAUUGAAAACCGGAAUGGCACUGCAAGUGCCCUCUUGCACAUAGAUGAGUCUGCUGGGCUCGGCAGACUGGCUAAACAAAAACCAAAGAAAAGGAGAAGACCUGAUUCCAGGCAGUACCAAACAGCAAUAAUAAUUGGCCCUGAUGGACAUCCCUUGACCGUCUAUCCUUGCAUGAUCUGUGGGAAAAAGUUUAAGUCAAGAGGUUUUUUGAAAAGGCACAUGAAAAACCAUCCUGAACACCUUGCCAAGAAGAAGUACCGCUGUACUGACUGUGAUUACACUACCAACAAGAAGAUAAGUUUACACAACCACCUGGAGAGCCACAAGCUCACGAGCAAGACGGAGAAGGCCAUCGAAUGCGAUGAGUGUGGGAAGCAUUUCUCCCAUGCUGGGGCUUUGUUUACUCACAAAAUGGUGCAUAAGGAAAAAGGAGCCAAUAAAAUGUACAAGUGUAAGUUCUGUGAAUAUGAAACAGCUGAACAAGGGUUAUUGAAUCGCCACCUUUUGGCCGUCCACAGCAAGAACUUCCCUCAUAUUUGUGUGGAAUGUGGGAAAGGUUUUCGUCACCCGUCAGAGCUCAAAAAGCACAUGCGAAUCCAUACUGGUGAGAAGCCCUACCAAUGCCAGUACUGCGAAUAUAGGUCCGCAGACUCUUCUAACUUGAAAACACACGUAAAAACUAAGCAUAGUAAAGAGAUGCCAUUUAAGUGUGACAUUUGUCUUCUGACCUUCUCAGAUACCAAAGAGGUGCAGCAACAUGCUCUUAUCCAUCAAGAAAGCAAAACACACCAGUGUGUGCAUUGUGACCACAAGAGUUCGAACUCAAGUGAUUUGAAACGACACAUAAUUUCAGUUCACACGAAGGACUACCCCCAUAAGUGUGACAUGUGUGAUAAAGGCUUUCACAGGCCUUCAGAACUGAAGAAACACGUGGCUGCCCACAAGGGUAAAAAAAUGCACCAGUGUAGACACUGUGACUUUAAGAUUGCAGAUCCAUUUGUUCUGAGUCGCCAUAUUCUCUCAGUUCACACGAAAGAUCUUCCCUUUAGGUGUAAGAGGUGUAGGAAGGGAUUCAGGCAACAGAAUGAGCUUAAAAAGCAUAUGAAGACACACAGUGGCAGGAAAGUGUACCAGUGUGAAUACUGUGAGUAUAGCACGACAGAUGCCUCGGGCUUUAAACGGCAUGUUAUUUCCAUUCAUACGAAAGACUAUCCCCACCGUUGUGAGUACUGCAAGAAAGGGUUCCGAAGACCUUCAGAAAAGAACCAGCACAUAAUGCGGCAUCAUAAAGAAGUGGGCCUGCCCUGAUGAUACUUCGACAGACGUUUGUGGAGAUGUUGGCCUUGAAGCAGAAAAUUCAUUGUAAAGCCAAUCAGUCUCAUUCACAUACAAUACUGUAUAUUGAUUUAUGCUGUGUACAAAUAGAAUAUCGCUUCUAGUUACUUUUGUGUUUUUUUUUUUACAUUUUGUUCAGUAGUGUGUUCUGAAUUCUAUUCAGUUUGUUUAAUCAAUGGGGAAGAGCAGCAAGAAACAAGUUGCUUUUAAUGAAGUAAACCUUGCUUCUGUACUGAAAUUUCCUAUCUUAUUAGUUUUAUAUUUAUUUAAAUAUUUACCUUGCUUACCUUGAUGGUACUCUUCUAAGAGCAUUUAACUUAAAGUUAGGGAAACUUUAGAUUGAGUCAUUGUGAUUACUUUCAGAGUAACUAUUUUUCCAUGAUGGAUUUCUCACAAUAAAAUUGUCAGAGACAUCUACUAACAUAAAUGGGAGAUUUAGCAGUCAUGUCUAAUUAGGCUACCAUGGAAGUCAUUUACUUGUCUUGCUUAAUCUUUUCAGACCACAUGACAAUGAAAGUUUCCAUUUGAACUUUUGCAUCCCUGGCAUUGCUGAGUAAAGAACAGUGGCUGGGUUUGUGUUUACUUUUCAUUUUGUUUAGCAGACAAAAUAUACUUUGGGGGGGGGCUUUCUUUGGAGUAUUUACAUCUUUUGUCAGCAUAGCAAAGUUUUAGAAAACUUUACUGAAAAAUUUUGCUUGAUCUUGUUGUAUUUUGAUUAUUCUGUCUGUGCUGCUUUGUCUUGGAAUGGUUGUGUGCUACAAAUGAGACUUAUUGGGGACUGCAUUUUGGAAUCUCCUAGAGGUAAUUUGUAGCUCUUAGGAUCUUUUUGCAACUUUAUAUAUGUAAAUGUACCCUGAAUUAUGUAUAUGCACAUACAUAUAUAUAUAUAUAUAACAUGUAUCUGUGUGUAUUGCUUAUUUUACAUAUUUAUACACACAACCCCAAGUAGUAGUUUAAAAUCUAUAAUGAAAAGUAUUAAAUUUACAAUAACAUGAAAGAUGCAGGGAUGUAUGAGAGCAUUUUGUAAAUCAUGCUCUUCAGAGAGACUACUCAGGUGAAGAAUUAGAAGGAAAAUAAGGACACUAGUAUUUUUAAAGAGUAAAGGUAUUUUCUUUUAAAUAUCUUUGGUAAUUGAAAAAUAGAAGUUAAGAUGUUUCUAGAUAGAAUGUUUUCAUACAACUUCAGCUCCAUGCCUUUAUAUUUUUCUGAAAAGCUAACGAGUAUCCAGACAGACCUUCCUCGGUUCUCUCUGAGAAGCCCCUGUGAGGACUCUGUAUCACCAACUGAGGGAGAGUUAGGAAGCUACGGCUCCACAUACCAGAGACUGGGUGCUAAUUAUGAUUUACACUUUUCAAGUUCAGCCUACUCUGUUAUUUCUUAGUUAUAGCUAGGAAACUUUCAAAAACUUAAUGCACAAGUUGGCUUUGAUUAGAACAUAAGAUAAAGGUAUGUUUUAAGUGCAUGAGGGAAAUCUGAGGCCUUAUUUGGAACGUCACCUAGUCUUUCACUGUUUUGUUUUUCUUUGAGGGUUGAUAUUGUUUAAGCAAAUAGUUCUGGCUCAUAAAAUGGAUGCAGUUAUUAAUGAGAAUUUGGUUGUGUUAAGAUGCAUUUUGGGGAACAGAAGACAGUUUGGGGGGUCCUUAAAUUGGCUGUCAGCACAUACGAGUACCUGGCACAUCAUGGGAGAUUUAGGACUUUUCUUCCCAUUUGAUAGCUGCCUUGCCUCUUCAUUAUGGUGCUCCAUCCUCUUUCUCUUUCAUCUUUCUCUUUGUUGUUGAUAUCUGUAUUCAAGAGUUUGUAGGGUUAGAAGUCUAAAUACUGAGUGUUUGGCAAGCGUUUGAAGUGCUGGGUUCAUUUAGUCCAGUUCUAAGUCAAGUCGUUUAAGCUGGUAUAAACUCCAUCCUGAAUGCCAGUCAGAACCAAGGCCUGGACUUGUCCCAGUGGGAACUCCUGUGUCCUCUUGGCCUCCACAACGUGCUUUUUAAAAAAAAGUAACUUAAAAUUGUGUGAUUCAUUACCCUGUAGCAGUUCUAUUCUUGAAAGCUCUGUCUGUUUUUUUGUGAGAACCUUUAAAAUCUCCCUUAUUUUUUAUUUUUCUCAGAUUAAUGUAAAACACUUAAACCGGAAAUUUAGUAAUUUUAAAACAUUCUGUAAAAUUAAUACAGAAAAUAUAAAUAAUUGGUCAUCUAUUUUUUUAAAUAAACUGAAAGAUAAAGAACACAGCAUUUUACACACUUUAUAUUUCUCUUAAUAGUCUGGAAUCAUACACAGUUCUUUUCUUUUUAAAGCACAAUAUUGAAACCUUUAAAAGGUAUUUAAGGGUUUGGUCAAGUGAAUAUUAUAAAAUGUGUUUGUCUGUAUAAAGAGAAAAUGAAAUUGUAGUCACUUAUGUACUGACAUUAGUUACAACCUAGUUUUAAUUCUUAAAACAAUUUUGAUUAGCAAAGCUAAAAAACAUGGUUGUUUCAGUUAAAUGUUUUAAAGAGGUACAGAUUUUUACAAGGACAUAAUAUAAGUUAUUGUUCUGUAGAAAUAUCCUAUUAAAUAUUGUAUGUCCCUCCCUCUGUACACUUUGUAAAAAAAGUAAAAUACAUAAAAAGAAAAUCAUAUAGGGAUGUGUGACAUUAUUGUAAUUGUGUAUUUGAGAAUAACGUGCAAAAAUAAAAAUCAGAAUAUUUUCCUGUUACUGAAUGUUUAGUCUAUUUGAUACCUGUACUAAGUUAAUGCUUUUUUCUUAAAAAAAAAUGUACAGUUUUUGUAAACCUAAUAAACAUCAAAAGCAGUGGAUUAUUUUCAUUUCCCCAUUUCUUAAUUCCUUUUAUGCAGCAGUGGAAUUCAAAAUGCUUGAUUGCUUUGAAAUUUGUGACUUGAAUGCAAAUACUGAUAAUAUUUCAGCCCUGCAAAUUUGCAAGUAAUAUUUCAGGGAAGAGGUGAUUGGUGAAUCCUUUGAUGAGCAUGUCCUUGAAAUUCAUUUUUUCUUUUAUCUCCAUGAAGAAUUUGUUUUAUUAGCAUCCCCAAUUCCCGAGAUAACUUCCCUUGCAUAAAGUGGUUUUUGAGAGCACUUAAAGUUCACUCUAUCAAUCUGUAGCACAUUGAAUCAGUGGAGGUUGUCACCACCCUCCACAGCAGAAGCCCUGCCCUAAGGUUCCUCUUUGGUGCCAGUUUGGAGGGCCGUGGUAGACACUAACAUACUAGAGAAUGGUCAUUGUCAUAAUAAAAAUCAGAAAGUAGGUAAAAGCGGUCAGGAGUCAAAAAAGAACAAGAUAGAUUUGAGUCAUUGAUAUUUAAAGGUGAAAUCCUGCUGAUCUUGAACUAUAUAGGAAUUAAGUGUUUGCCUAAUAGUUGAGACAGUAAAUAAUCAAAAUUUGAGUUAAGUGAUCCAGAGAACAUGGUGAAUGUCACUGUGGAGCCAUAAAUCAGAAAAAUCUUAGCAUGCUGAGAAACUUAGUUGUAAUGCAGUGCCUGGAAGGGCAUCAUUCCCGUCUGUGAUUCCCAGGCAGUCAGAUCGGGUAUUGCUCUGUUCUCUGGGAGUCUUAGUAUUAAUUUCCUUUAUUUCCCACAAAUUCUAAGAUUCAUGUAAAGAAAAGCAUGCCCAGUCAAAAUCUUAAAAGGGGUGCUGUUUCAGAACAGUGGUUUUCAGACGCUGCCAAAUUCUCAGUUCCACCCCAGACCCACUGAAUCGGAAAACUGGGCCUGGGGACCCAGUGAUCUUGUGUCUUCGCACGUCCUUCAAAGUGAUUCUGAUUCAUGUUCAAGUUUUGGAAACACUGUUUUAGAGCACUUGAGGAACUUCAAACAUUAGAAACACAUACAAACAAAAGCCAGAAAUAAGCAGUUGAAGGUGAAAUGGGAUUCACAAUUUAUACCUUGGGUUUACCCCUUUUAAAGUGUGAGCCUGCCAGUCAAUAAAUCCUUUAGGUCACAAAUAGCCUGAUCUUCAUAAAUCUUGAAUAGCCUCCCUAAAUUACACUCCUCCAAGGUAAAUAGAACUCAGAGGAAGAUGCGGUAGGUAGAAGAGAAGGGCUGAAAGUGUGUAUGUGUGUGUGUGUGUGUGUGUGUGUGUGUGUGUGUGUGUGUGUGUGUGUGUAAUCAGUUGGCCCAACCUUACUUAAGUAAUUCAUAUCUGAAAACCCAUUUUGCCACUUUCUGUAACUGUUUGGAUAAGGUCAAAAUUAAGUUUGCCCUUUUGGGUUUUGUUUCGUCUUCUGUGUAUAUAUUGUUUGCCUUUUUCAUAAAAUAAUUCUUGGAUUUGUUAUAUAUUGUUCUUGUUACUUUUGACAUUUGCUAUUGUUGUAAAUAAAUUCCUAUUUUGUUUUA